UUUCUCUCGGCUUGCUCCCUUCUCGAUCUCGUCCCCUCCUCCCCUGUUACAGCACACCUGCUUUCUCUUGGCGGCACGCAUUCUCACAGUGCUCAGCUCUUUGGCCUGCCGCGCUGCAGCUAUACUCCAUCCCUCUCUGGAUUUUCGGCUGCUCGUCUUUCUCCCCAGUUCCUGCAGACGGCACAGGUCCGUGACAGCAUGAGGUUGGCCUGUCUUACCCUGCUCCUGGUGUCUGUGUGCUGGGCUCUGCCCUUCCGUCAGACUGGCUUUUUGGACUUCAUGAUGGAGGAUGAGGGCCCUUCAGGUUUCGGGCCUACUACGAUUGCACCUAGCAAAGUACUUCCUGAACCUGAAGUGCCUCUUGGACCAGUUUGCCCCUUCAGGUGCCAGUGCCAUCUGCAUGUUGUUCAGUGCUCUGAUCUAGGGAUGAAAAAUGUUCCUGAGAAUAUCCCAUCAGACACCCACCUGCUGGACCUGCAAAACAACAAGAUUACAGAAAUCAGAGAGAACGACUUCAAAGGCCUCAAAGGACUUCAUGCUCUCAUCCUGGUCAAUAACAAGAUCACCAUUAUCCAUGCCAAGGCUUUGGCUCCUCUGGUCAACCUUGAAAGGCUUUACCUGUCCAAGAAUAUGUUGAAGGACAUUCCCAACAAUAUGCCGAAGACAGUCCAGGAACUCCGCAUCCAUGAGAACCAGAUCUCCAAAAUCAAGAAGGCCUCCUUCACUGGCAUGGUUAAUGUCAUUGUUAUGGAGCUUGGAUCCAACCCUUUGACCAGUUCGGGUGUGGACGCAGAUGCUUUCAAGGAUCUGAAGAGGGUUUCUUACAUCCGUAUUGCUGAUACCAACAUUACCAGCAUCCCCAAAGGUCUGCCCACCUCUCUGUCAGAGCUCCAUCUGGAUGGGAACAAGAUCACCAAGGUCACUGUUGACAGCCUGAAAGGUCUCAAACACUUGGCCAAGCUUGGUCUGAGCAAUAAUGAGAUCGCUGUUGUAGAGAACGGGACUGUGGCUAUGAUGCCACACUUGAGGGAGCUCCACCUUGAGCACAACCUUUUAACUAGUGUGCCUGCUGGUCUCUCUGACCACAAGUACAUCCAGGUCAUCUAUCUUCACUCUAACAAAAUAGCCAGUGUGGGAACGGAAGACUUCUGCCCUCCCAGCUUUAACACCAAGAAGGCCAUGUAUUCCGGCAUUAGUCUGUUCAGCAACCCCGUUUCGUAUUGGGAGAUCCAGCCCAUCACCUUCCGCUGCGUCUUCGACCGUUCUGCUGUUCAGCUGGGCAACUACAGGAAGAAAUAGGACGACUAGUCUGAGUGCCUGACCACUGUCCUUGUCCCAUCCCCUCCCCCCCGCCCCUCCUUUCCAAAGCACCUCAAGUGUGUAAUUCGAUUCGAAUGUCGUAACUCAGAUGACUCAAAAUGUGUUCUGGGUAUACUGAAAAAGGCACACAGCAGGCAAUACUGGGCACUAAUCUCACAUAAUCGAGUAAUUAACAGUAACGACGUCAAGUAUCUUACACAUUACAUGUUACAAAAAGAAAUAGCUAAACACAUAUCAGGCUUUGUUCCUCAUAAUUUUUUUUCUCCUGUGCAUCCCUAUAGCACUACUAGAACCUUGUGUUAAGUGAAAGAGCAUAAUUAUAGAGGUAUUAUUGGUUAAAAAAAAAAAAAAACAUGACCACUUAGGAUAAAUAAGUGCACAUAGACAUAGUCCUUCGGUUCAAAAGAAUGUGGUCUAUUCAUUUUUUUGUGCACACAAAGAAGAUCCACUCCUAGCCCCUUUCUGGAUCUUUGGGACUUUUCUAAAUUGACACGACGGGCCUGCUGAGCGGGCAGCGAAAGGAUCAUUUGCUCCACAGUACCAGGAAAAAGAGCUGAUAUACUACAGUAGGUGCAGUCAUCUACUAUUACCUGUAUAGCAGUAGUGUUCAGCAAGUACUGUUAGUAAUAAUAAUAAUAAUAAUAAUAAUACAGGCAUCGUGCUCAAAUUUUCCAUUUUAUCCAUUUUUUUUCAUUUAUUUUCUUAGUAUUCAUUUUAAAUAGGAGGUACAAAGAAUUGUCACAUUACAGUAUUUUAUUUUCCUCCUCUUGCUUCAGAUGUGUUUUUGUCUUGUUUGUCUGAUCGUUUUUUUGAAACUAAGCUACCAUUUCACAUAUGGUAGGAAAAAAGCUCUUUAAGAGAUAUAAUAAACUCUAUUGUUAUUUUAACGGAAGCAAUUUCCAAAGA